AUUUGCAAAAUAAAGUCCUAGUUUAUUUGGCUUCUGAACCAAGCGAGAACUCCUCCCUCAACGAACAUCCCCGCCCCUUGCUUUUUACAGAUGGAAACUCUAGGAGCAAGGAAUCGAAACAGAAACUGUCCCAAUUGAAACUUUGAGAACUGAACUUCACCGCAGGGUGACUGUCAGAAGCCUGGUGACUGAAGUAGCAGAAAGUUGGACUCGGAGCGACGCGCAGAUAGUGUCACUACCCCCAGCGCCGCAACGAGCGGCAACCACCGGGUCCCAUUCCGCGGAGUGACGGGGUAGAGCUGCCCAGUUACCUGUCUCUAUCCGCGCGGAGUCUUUGGCGGGCCAGGAAAGAGGGUACUCGGCGUCCCAUUGGUAGGCAGAGCUGGGAGCUUUGAGCGAACUUUGAGGCUUUUUAAAGGCCGACUGUGCCGAGGCGAGAACAUUGAGCGGCUGCAGCUUCCGGGCCACAGUCGUGAGCGAUGUCGAGCGAGUAUUCCCCGGAGAAGACUUUCCUUAAUCUGAUUCAGUGCUUCAGGCCCCGGCUGAAACAAUACAUCCGGGUGGAGUCCGUGCUGGACUACCUGACUUUCUUGGGGAGAGCUGAGAGAGAAGAGAUUCAGAGCACCGCUGUUACUAAGGGAAACAUGACAGCGGCCGAGUUACUCCUCCGCACCUUAGAGAAAGGGGCCUGGGGACCAGGCUGGACCCGGGAGUUUCUAAUUGGGCUUAUGAAUGGGGGUUGCACCUUAGCUGCUCGCUACAUGAACCCGGACCUCGCUGACUUGCCCUCUCCAUCGCUAGAGGCCUCUUAUGACCAGUGCAUCCAACUGCUGGACAUUUUGCAACCCACCCUGGUCGAUAACCUUCUGGUUACUGAUGUUUUGGACAAGUGCUUGGAGAAGGCUCUGUUGACCAAGGAAGAUAGAAAUCGGGUUGCUCAGCUUAAUGAAAAUGAUGGAAAUGAACGUGCUGUCAGAGAACUGCUGAGUAGAAUAGUACAAAAAGAAGAUUGGUUUUCUAAAUUUCUAAAUAUUCUUCAUGAAACUGAAUACAGUCAACUUGCUGAAAACCUCACAGGCAUCAACUACUUGGAAGACAAUGAAGAGAUAAAGGAAAAUGGAAUUGAGAAGUUAUCCCCAAAGGAUGAUCACAUCAUUGAAAAGCUUAUUGAACAUGAACAAGAAAAUGAUAGCCUAACUGUUGAAAGUGAUGAAUUGGAAUCAUCUUUUGCAGAUUCUUCUGUGGUUUCAGAAUCAGACACAAGUUUGGCAGAAGGAAGUGUCAGCUGCUUAGAUGAAAGUCUUGGACAUAACAGCAACAUGGGCAGUGUUUCAGGCACCAUGGGAAGUGAUUCAGACCAAGAUGAUGAGAAGAAAAGAGCAUCUCCUGAGCCAGAACUGGUCCUCAGAUCUUACCAAAUGGAAGUGGCCAAACCAGCUUUAGAAGGGAAGAAUAUUAUUAUAUGCCUCCCAACAGGAAGUGGAAAGACAAGAGUAGCUGUUUACAUUGCCAAGGACCAUUUAGAUAAGAAGAAAAAAGCAUCAGAGCCUGGAAAAGUUAUGGUCCUUGUGAAUAAGGUGCCAUUAGUUGAACAGCACUACCGCAAAGAGUUUAAACCAUUCUUGAAGAAUUGGUAUCGCGUCAUUGGAGUAAGUGGUGAUUCCCAACUGAAAAUAUCAUUCCCAGAAGUUGUCAUUACCAAUGAUGUUAUUAUCAGUACAGCUCAAAUCUUGGAGAAUUCCCUUUUGAAUUCAGAGAAUGGAGAUGAUGAUGGUGUCCAGUUAUCAGAUUUUUCCCUUAUUAUUAUUGAUGAAUGCCAUCAUACCCACAAAGAAGCUGUUUAUAAUAACAUAAUGACACGUUAUCUGAAACAAAAGAUUAAGAAUUGUCGAUUCAAGAAGGAAAAUAAGCCAGUGGUACCUCAACCUCAAAUACUUGGACUGACAGCUUCACCUGGUGUGGGAGGAGCCAAAAAGCAAUCAAAAGCUGAAGAACAUAUUUUAAAAAUAUGUGCAAAUCUUGACGCAUCUACAAUUAUCACUGUUAAAGAAAAUGCUGCCCUUUUAAAAGAACAAGUGAAGGAGCCUUAUAAGAAGUUUGUGAUUGCAGAUGACAACAGAGAAAAUCCCUUUAAAAAGAAACUUCUAGAAAUAAUGACAAAUAUUCAUACUUUUUGUCAAAUGAACCCAACAUCUGAUUUUGGGACACAAACCUAUGAACAUUGGGUCAUUCACCAGGAAAAAAGAGCUGCAAAAGAAGGGAAUCGCAAAGAGCGUGUUUGUGCAGAGCAUUUGAGGAAAUACAAUGAGGCCUUACAAAUCAAUGACACAAUCCGAAUGAUCGAUGCAUACCACCAUCUCAAAAGCUUCUAUAAUGAUGAAAGGGAAAAGAAGAAUGCUGCCCAAGAAUCUGACAGUGAAGAGGAGGAAGAGGAGGAUGACAGUAAAAGGAAACCAUUGAAAUUGGAUGAAACAGAUAUCUUUCUUCUAAACUUAUUUUAUAAAAAUAAGGAAAAAUUGAAAACACUGGCCUUGACUCCAGAUCAUGAAAAUGAAAAACUGACCAAAUUACGAAAUACCAUACUAGAAGAGUUUACUAAAACAGAUGGAUCUGUUGCCCGAGGAAUAAUCUUCACAAAGACUCGGCAAAGUGCAUUUGCUCUCUCUCAGUGGAUUAAAGACAUUGAAAAAUUUGCAGAAGUUGGAGUAAAAGCUCACCAUCUAAUUGGGGCUGGAAAUUGUAGUGAAUUUAAACCCAUGACACAGAAUGAACAAAAGGAAGUAAUUAAUAAUUUUCGUACUGGAAAAAUAAAUCUACUUAUUGCUACCACAGUAGCUGAAGAAGGCUUGGAUAUAAAAGAGUGUAAUAUUGUUAUCCGUUAUGGUCUUGUCACCAAUGAAAUAGCCAUGUUACAGGCCCGAGGUCGAGCUCGAGCUGAUGAAAGUACUUAUGUAUUGGUGGCAAGUGGGGGCUCAGGAGUUGUUGAACGUGAAAGUGUUAAUUUGUAUCGUGAGAAGAUGAUGCAUAAAGCUAUUGACCGGGUUCAGAAUAUGAAGCCAGAGGAGUAUGCGCAGAAGAUUUUGGAGUUACAAAUGCAAAGUAUAAUGGAAAAGAAAAUGAAAACUAAGAAGAGUCAUGCAAAGCAAUUAAAGGACAAUCCAUCAUUAGUAACCUUCCUCUGUAAAAACUGUAGUAUGCUGGCCUGUUCUGGAGAAAACAUCCAAGUAAUUGAGAACAUGCAUCAUGUCAAUAUGUCACAGGAAUUUAAGAAACUCUACACUGUAAGAGAAAAUAAAGCACUACAAAAGAAAUUUGCAGACUAUCAAACAAAUGGUGAGAUCAUUUGCAGUCAUUGUGGCCAGUCCUGGGGAACUAUGAUGGUGAACAAAGGUUUAGAUUUACCUUGUCUCAAAAUAAAAAAUUUCGUGGUGGCUUUUCAAAAUGAUCCCCAAAAGAAACAAUACAAAAAGUGGGUGGAAUUGCCUAUAAUGUUUCCAAAGCUUGACUAUCCAGAACAUUGGAUGUUUAGUGAUGAAGAUUAAUAUGGAUUUAAUAUUAUCUAAAUUUUGAACGUCAUAUUUUUACAAGGAAUACUUUAGUAAUAUUUUUGUAAUAAUUAAACCAGAGCACUAGUAGAAUGAAUGAGAAUAUUUCUUUAAAUCAUUUUGAGCUCCUUUUCAACAAUGAUGUGAUUCAAGGCAAUUUCAGUGAUGUGAUGGAAAGUGCCGUCCACAUCCAGAGAGAGAACUAUGGAGCAUAGUAUUUUCACCUUUUUUGCUGUUUUGUUAUUUGUUUGCUUGGUGGUUUUUCUCCUUUUGUUUUGUUUUUUCCCUUUUGAUCUGAUUUUUUUUGGUGCAGCAUGAUAAAUAUGGAAAUAUGUUUAGAAUUGCACAAGCUUAAUCCAUAUCAGAUUGUUUUUAGUAUUAAUUAGAAACAAAUUAGUAUAUCAGAUAUUAUUAGUGAGAAGGUAUAAAAAAUCCUAAAACCAUAUUAGGAGAACAAGAGAUCUUCUACCUCUCAGCUCUGUGGAAAAGGGAGGGAAUUUAUGGCCAAAAAAACCUAAAGAAUGUUAUGAAAUGCAAAAUAUAUAAUUUUAAUUACAUUAAAUUUAAAAGGUCUUGCACAAGCAAAAUUAAUAUAGCUAAUUUUAGAGGGGAAAGAAAAUUGGAAACAAUUUUUACAGUCAACAUUUCUGAUAAAGACUUCAUUUCUAAAAUAUAUAAAGAAAUACAAAUUAUGACAACUCUGAGGAAUCAUUUCAUACCUCUCAGAUUGGCUAAGAUGACAGGAAAGAUAAAGAUAAAUAUUGGAGGGGAUGUGGGAAAACUGGGACACUAAUACAUUGUUAUUGGAGUUUUGAACUGAUCUAACCAUUCUGAAGAGCAACUUGGAACUAUGUUUAAAGGGCUAUCAUAAAAGAGGAAACAGCAGCCUUUUUUUGUAGUGGCAAGGAACUGGAAAUUGAGUGGAUGCCCAUCAGUUGCAGAAUGGCUGAAUAAAUUGUGGUAUAUGAAUGUAAUGGAAUAUUGAUCUAUAAGAAAUGAUGAGCAGGCUGAUGUCAGAAAAUCCUGGAAAGAUUUAAAUGAACUGAUGCUAAGUAAAGUGAGCAAAAUGAAGAGAACAUUGUACAUAGCAACAACAAUCAUCAACUGUGAUGUACUUGGCCCUUUUCAACAAUGAGAUGAUUUAAGACAAUUCCAAUACAGUUGGGAUGGAAAGAGCCAUCUUCAUUCAGAAAGAGAAGUAUGAAGACUGAAUGUGGAUCAAAGUAUAGUGUUUUCACAAUUGUUGUUAUUUGUUUGCUUGUUUUUUUCCCCUUUUGAUUUGAUUUCCCUUGUGCAGAAUGAUGAAUAUGAAAAUAUGUUUAGAAUUGCACAAGCUUAAUCCAUAUCAGAUUGUUUUUAGUAUUAAUUAGUAACAAAUUAGUAUAUCAGAUAUUAUUAGUGAGAAGGUAUAAAAAAUCCUAAAACCAUAUUAGGAGAACAAGAGAUCUUUUACCUCUCAGCUCUGUGGAAAAGGGAGGGAAUUUAUGGCCAAAAAAACCUAAAGAAUGUUAUGAAAUGCAAAAUAUAUAAUUUUAAUUACAUUAAAUUUAAAAGGUCUUGCACAAGCAAAAUUAAUACAGCUAAUUUUAGAGGGGAAACAAAAUUGGAAACAAUUUUUACAGUCAACAUUUCUGAUAAAGACUUCAUUUCUAAAAUAUAUAAAGAAAUACAAAUUAUGACAACUCUGAGGAAUCAUUUCAUACCUCUCAGAUUGGCUAAGAUGACAGGAAAGAUAAAGAUAAAUAUUGGAGGGGAUGUGGGAAAACUGGGACACUAAUACAUUGUUAUUGGAGUUUUGAACUGAUCUAACCAUUCUGAAGAGCAACUUGGAACUAUGUUUAAAGGGCUAUCAUAAAAGAGGAAACAGCAGCCUUUUUUUGUAGUGGCAAGGAACUGGAAAUUGAGUGGAUGCCCAUCAGUUGCAGAAUGGCUGAAUAAAUUGUGGUAUAUGAAUGUAAUGGAAUAUUGAUCUAUAAGAAAUGAUGAGCAGGCUGAUGUCAGAAAAUCCUGGAAAGAUUUAAAUGAACUGAUGCUAAGUAAAGUGAGCAAAAUGAAGAGAACAUUGUACAUAGCAACAACAAUCAUCAACUGUGAUGUACUUGGCCCUUUUCAACAAUGAGAUGAUUUAAGACAAUUCCAAUACAGUUGGGAUGGAAAGAGCCAUCUUCAUUCAGAAAGAGAAGUAUGAAGACUGAAUGUGGAUCAAAGCAUAGUGUUUUCACAAUUGUUGUUAUUUGUUUGCUUGUUUUUUUCCCCUUUUGAUCUGAUUUCCCUUGUGCAGAAUGAUGAAUAUGAAAAUAUGUUUAGAAGAAUUGCAUAUGUUUAACUUAUAUCAGACUGCUUGCUGUCUUGGGAAGUGGGAAAGAGAAAGAGAGAGAAAAAUUGGAAACACAUGGUUUUGCAAAGAUAAAUGUCGAAAACUAUCUUUGUAUGUAUUUGGAAAAAUAAGAUAUUAUUUUUUUAAAAUUUUAAAUUUCAUUUCAUUUCAUUUAAAAAACUCACUACCCUAAUAUUCUCUGGAAGAGUCAUGAAAAUUGACAGGAAAAUUAUCCCAAAAUACAGGAACUCAGAAGAAAAAGAAAUUUAAAAGACAAGUCCUAUUUAAUCAGAACUUAAAUAAAUAAAAUAUUUCUACACAUCA